CAGCGGGGUGGGGGUGGGGGGGCUGUGAGAGACCUUAUGUGGCCUGGGAAGAGUGUCACUGAACUGCUCCCUGCUCUGCAGAUUAAUAUGUUCUAAACUGCCUCCGUAGUCCAUGCACUGGGGCAGGGGGAGGGAGACGGAGGAGUGGGUUGGAUAAAGAUAGGGUAAAAAAAAAUGGAUCCAAAGGAGGGAGCCAUUGACUUUGGGGGGGGGAGGAGGAGGAGGAGGCCUGCACUUUCAUUCCCACUCUCACUCAUGCUGGAUUGGCGCCCUUCCUAGAAGAGCAUGCAAUUUUUUAAGUCGAAGGGGUGGCCAUUUUGGAGGACUCACUGUGCUGCCUCGAAGACCUAUCCGCCUGAUUUCUUCUGACCUUGGUGGAGGAUUUGCUGUGAUAGCCUCGAAAAUCGCCUCUCACCUUCCGAAGGUUCCAGGGAGGCUGCAGAUGAGGCACUGGCAGAACGGUGGGCCGCUGAAGACCGCGUCUCACAGCCCGAGGGCGGGAGACGCACGGUGGACUCGGCAGCAUAUGGCAAGGGAGGCUGAAAAGCGGCCGUCGCUGGAAGGGAAGACACUUCGGGUAGCUGAUCAGCGGCCGAUAGCGCUGCUGGUGGCGCCGCAGGAGGGAAAAUGGGCAGACCUUCAAUGGCCAUUGUUGCUGCUAUCAGGUUGUGAGAGGUGGGCCCCGAAAAAAGGCCGAGAUUGACCUGGCCCUGCAUUGCUUUGCCACAGUCCUCUCGUCUUGUCAUUUCAAUGAAUGUCUGGAAUAAACUGAUGAGGUAAUAAAAAAUUCUUAACUUUACAACAAUAUUGUAAAGAAUUAUUAAUUCUUUAAUCUGAAUCCUUGUGAUUGUGAGAAUCACCCUCAUCUUCCAAGUAUUAUUAGGGCUUCAAUUGGUUUAAGUAGAUUAAUUAUGAGAGCUAAUUUUAACUAGUGAUGGCAAAUUUUUAUCAGUGGGUUGGUGAGUAAAAGGGACUCUUUAUGCUAGUACCUAAGUUGGCAUUAUGGAGAAUUGUAACUUUAUUUAAAAUCAGUUUAGUGAUGCAUUAGUUAAAAUGCUAAUUGAUGUGUUUAGAAAACCAAAGAAACUCCAUUUUUGCCCAGAAGACCUCAUUCUAACUUAAAGUAACCUGGCCCAAACUCAGGGACAUCACUGCCUCUCAUGAUUAACAUCAUUAUCUCUCUCCAGCUAAAUUGUAUCUAUGAAACUUGCUAACACAGCUAAGCUUCUCACUGCUAGAAAACAGGAUCUAACCAAAUAAGGAAUAAUCACCAGAUGAACAAUGAAUCAUUCGCAUGCGUACUAGAUACUUAGACCACCAUUUUAUUGCCACGUAUACUGUGUCUAGGGUGUCAGCACCAUUUAGAUUAUUUAUAUAUAUGUUAGGUGAGCCUGUAACCAAACUGUAAUUGGUUUGAGAGCAUGAGCCUACUCAUUACCUAUUGCUGACUGCAGAGCAAUAAAGCCUCAAUCCUUGUGUCAGACUGAUUGGUUAAGCGGACCCAGGAAUGAGCCCCAUCCACAUCAAUUUGGUGCUGUGGCUCGGAUGUAGACUCCUGGGUGGUUGUCCGACCCAUCAUGGAACCCGAUACCCCAGCCAGUACUCUGCCUCUUGAGCGGAAAGGGAUCUCGGGAAACCAGGACGCGCUGUUCACCACAACACGCUGCAUCUGAGAACAGUGGGAUGCAGGGGGGAGGGAGAGUGAAUUCCAGAAAGGCGUCUCUUGUUGGAAAAGAGGAAAGAAAAUGGAGUUUGAAGGAAUGCGUGUGAUGUAGUUCUGUGCAGGGAAUUGUAGAGAAAAGACUGGAAGGAGAUGUGGACAGAAGGGAAGGAAUGUCUUGAGGAUUUUAGUUGGAAGUUGUUAAAAAGUUGAAAAGCACCUGUAAGCUGUGAUGUGGAAAGGUAAUAUGGAAUCACAGAUUGUUUUGUGGAUGACUGUAAUAACAGUUUGUUUUGUUUGAGCUCCUUUCUUAACUGAGUUUUAUGGGUAAAUGAUUGUUUGCCCUAAACAUAUUUAAAAUGUUAUAAAAUCCUAUGUGACCCAUGUGAAAUUCCCUGUUUAGUCCCUUGCUCUGUGAAAUACACAAGACAAGCCUGUGUGUGUGUGUGUGUGUGCAUGUUUCUGAGCGGGAGCCCAAUGCUCUGGUUCUGUGCAGGAAUCCUCAUUUUGUUAAACUGCAAUGAUCUGGGGAAAAGCCAAAACCCCCAUCAAUCUUAUAACUCAUCCCUGAGAAGAUGAGGUUUCUGUUGUAUUUGUGAAUGUAUUCUAGUGACAUGUCUUUUCCUGUAAACUGUUCCAGAACAAACUUGCUCUGACAUUGGAUUCCAAAAUUUGCAGUUAUUAUAUUAAUUGAACAUAAAAUUGGUCGUGGCCUGAGCAACAGGGGGAACUUUCAGCAGUCCCAGCUGGCCACCUGGGGUGCUGACGUUUUCCUUCUUUGUGAGUCUCCCCCCACCCCACAAAAGGGAGGUGCUGCUUAUGGCUGGCUAAAUGCAUUAGGCAUAAGUUGAUUGUGUUAUUUCUGCCACUACUGAAUGUCAUAGGACUUUAUAUGUUAUGCUUACUGAUUUCCUUGACAUGGUCUCUCUUACCUAUUUUCUGUUAGCUCAAAACUUUGCUCUUUUCUCUAACCGGACGUUUUCCCUUUUACUUUUUUCUCACAACUGUUAACUGACCUCUGGUGAACAAUGACAACUCCGCCCAUUUCCGGAUGGGAGGAGGAAGGAGGUUCUCUGUAAAGCAGUUUGUGUUCCAGCCAGUUAAUUGUGGGUGAGAAUUAAAAAUAGGAUUUGAAGAUAAAUUAGUCUAUUUGUUUUUUGUUUUUGCAAAAUCUAUGCAAUAUUUCUGCUAACUUUUUGAUGUAAACUGAGAGCUAAUAAUCAAAUGGUCUAAGGCUUAAAUUUUAAAUUUGUCUCAUCUGCUAGCCCUGCUUUGCCUUCACAGUAGCUGAAUCCCAGUAGCUGAAUGAUGAGAUCCCAGAUUUGAGAUUUGAUGAAAAGAAUUUUGUUUUGCCACUCCUGCAAGUGGAAGGGAGUUCCAAAGUACCGGUUUGCAUUUCACCUGGAAGACUUCCCAGUUUAAAAGGAUCAAGCUUUGUAUGUUACUGUGAAACCCAUACCCUGUUUUCACAGCUCCUGAUGAGAGACUUGACUUGAUUAUCACAGGUUUCACCCCUCUGCAAGAUUAUGGACCAUUUUUCUGAUAACACCUUUUGCUAAAGAGGCCUGUAAAAAGGGACACUUUGAUUUGCUUCAUGAGACAUUAGGCCUUGCCCAGAAGUCUCAAUCCUAUUUCAACAAGGUAUAGUAUUUUUGCCUGGGGGCAGGGACUUUUUCUUUCUUAUAUAGGCUUCUCAUGAGGAUAUUGUUACCCUACAAGGAUGUCAAACCCUUACUCAUUGGUCACUUGCUAGUUAUGAGGCUAAAGAUGGAGAGCUGGAACACCACAACUAUCUACACAUGACCUAGAUGAAGAUCCCAAAGCCAGAUGUUACUGACGAAUCACCCCUUUAUGGAGAAUAAAGUCAGGUAUACUGGAUGGAGAUUGAAUGCCCUGACAAAGGCCUGUAAAUAUGAUUGUCAGCCAGUGUGGUGCAGUGGUUAGAGUGCUGGACUAGGACCGGGGAAACCCGAGUCCAAACCCUCAUUCAGCCAUGACACUUGCUGGGUGACACAGGGCCAGCCACUCAAAUGGUCUGUCCUGCCUCACAGGGUUGUUGUAAGGAGGAAGAACAGGAUACAGAAGAGACUGUGAGAUGCCACAUGGAAACAGAACUUUGUCAGCAGUUACACCCAAAGGGCCUUGGUGAAAUUCAAGCGCUGGAGUUCUAUGUUGCAGCCUCUCGAGUGAUAAGACUAUGUUUGACCUGUCAGGCAGCCCUGUCAGGCUUUAAUGCUUCCUCAAAACCCCCAAAUCAUGAGGGGGGUGAAAAUGUGGAUGCCCUUUUUCCUUUUGACUUUGUUGCUUUGCCUUUUGCCCAGGAUUGCCGUUUUGUCCUCGUGAUCAGAGACCAGCCUACAACACAAGCCACCAAGCCCUAAAUGCAGACAUUAUCCCCUGUUCUGGACUUCGGCGGGGAGAGGGGCCCAGGGCAAGAAGCGAAACAAAAACAUAAAUUGGAAAAAAUGCCAAAAGACCAAAUUGAAAAUAGCCUCAGGUCUUAUCCAUCCAUUGUAUUAUUUGCCUUGAAAACUUGACUUUUCCUUUUGUGCUGAUGGUUGGCACCCAGGGACUUAGUCUCAGGACGCUGUCCCUACAUGGGGGGAGGGAAUUGGUAACUCACUUGCCUGUCUUUCUCUCAAGUAAACAGGUUUGCAACCAACAGUGCCUUGAAUUGUCUUUCCGAGAAGGAUUGGUCCUCCCCAGAUUGAAGGAGUACCUGGAUCCAACCCUGACCCAGGAGCACUAACCAGCAGCAGCAGCAGCUACCCGAGGGGAGUCCCUAUCUGCGUUUCCAGUCCAACCCAAUGGUGACAGAAUGUCCAUCUGCUGCCCUGUCCUGUGUUCAAGGAAGAGGGCCUAAUGCAAAGUCCAUCUUCCUGCUCCUGAGUGCUGUAGCAGAGGAAUAGACAACGAAUGCCUGAAGAGUGCCUGACAGCAAACAGGCAAGCCAAUUUGUUUACUUUUCUCUGGAGUCAUAUGUGCAACAGCAUCUCCCCAAGCCUUUAGUCACUCCUGUAAAGCCCUGGAACCAUCCUACCCGGCAACUGCAUUUAAAGAUACCGUGGCCUUGGGUUUACUGAACUGCCUAGGAAGAUAAGACGCUGAAGGCUGACGCUGAAGGUUGAAAGCUGCACGCGAUGGGAGCAAAGCACAGAAAGAAAAUCUCCAAAGAUAAAAAAGGUGGGAAAAUGCCCCGUCCCACAUUAAACAACUUCUUGACUAAAAGGGAAGAACACCCCCACAGAAAGGAAUGAACCACUUUUCACUCAGCUUCCUCAAUCCGUUCCACUAAAUGAUAAUCAGAAGGGAAACGUGGAGGAUGCUUUCGUGCUGCUGAAUUCCUCAGUGAACCCAGAAAUAGACAGUAUUGCCUGUCGAUCUAGACAUCGUCCUAUGCUCAGAUAUGACUGUUUGGGCUGCAGCCAUCUUGGAGUGGAUUGCCAAAUGCGUCUUAUAACUCAGCUUAUUCCUCUGAUGCCAUGUCCAGAGUCUUCCCACCGGGAUAUGCUUCUGUGCGAUAUGUUCAGCCAUCCUGGUGAUUUAGUCACACAUGAGCCUUCUCUUCCUACAGGCUCGAAACAUAGUGUUUCUGGUUGUAAUUGUGUAAAUUGGAGUUUUAUUAGUUGGAUUAUAGCGGAGUGGGCUGGGAAAAGAUGUAACCUAGCAUUUUUAUCUUUUUUACAAAAGUAGGAUGUGUUACUGCUGCAGGAAACAUGGUCUAAGGAAGAUUUAAAUAUCAACGGCUAUGUGAUUUAUAAAUUGUUGCCCACUCUGACUCCAAUAGGGGAAGACUCAAAGGGGGCUUGACUUGCUGUGUUUUGCUUUCCUUAGAAGAGGACUCUCUAUGGUUGCUUGACUUUUUUCCUUUUGCAAUGGCUGUUCUCAUUAAAACCCCAUGUGAGGACAUAUUGUUAAUUAAUGUUUGCAUCCCUCCCCCCCCCCCAGUUCCUCUUAUGGCCCUAUGGCUGCCAUUUAUCAACUGGACUCUUAUAUCCUGGAAACUAGUUUGAAGAUCCCGUGCGCUGAGAUUCUGCUCUCGGGUGAUUUCAAUGCAAGAUGUGGCCCGGAUAAUAAUGCAGUAAUCGCCUCCCAUUUGUGGAGUGGGGGUGAUAACUCAGAUGGUUCCUUUACUCAUAUUUGCUUAUCUAAAGAUAGAGUCCUUAAUAAGGCAGGGGCUAAAUUGUUACAUCUUGCUAGAUCUUUUGAUCUGAUUCCUUUAAAUGGUACUGUCCCCCCUGUCAUCCCAGGUGAAUUUACAUAUUUAUCCUCUUGUGGCAGCAGUGUGGUGGACUAUAUUUUGGUUUCUCCCCUGCUGUUUAAUUGGGUCGUACUGUUUGAAGUGGGCGAUCAAGCUUUUAGAGAUCACCUGCCCCUUCUUUUUUGCCUUGAUAUACCACAAGCUAGAAAAGAUUGUUUUAUUUCUAGCUCAGUUGAAUCCUUCCCUACUAAAAUGGGAUGGAAGGUAAAAUGGUCACCUGAUGUGGAAAGGGCAUUGAAUACCCUGUAUUCUUCUGCAGUUGGCAUUGAGUUAUAUAACUGUGUUGUGCAGGCCCCGUCGGGAGCGCUAGCAAUCUCCUGUUAUGAGAAGCUUGAGGCUGAGGUUUCGCAAAAGAUCCUGACUACAGGUCAACUGCACUCUUUUAAGAGAGGUAGGAUGAAUGACUCUAAUGAGCGGUUUGACUCCCAGUGCAGGGAUCUGUUUCCCAGGCUGAGGGGCAUAUAUAGGGAAUACAGAGCUGGUUCCAACCAAGUGCUCCCUCUAGAAUAUUUCACAACUAAGAAAGCUUAUAAAAUAUGUGUGAGGUCUGCCAAGUCCCAGGCACAGAAAAACAUCUGGAGGAGAUUAAUUUUGGCCACUCAUAAUAAGGAUAGUGGUGCCUUCUGGCACAUUAUUUCAGGUUCUACAUAUCCUAGAGUGCUUUCUGUGGUUCCCGCACCCGCUUGGGUAGCCCACUUUCAUGCUCCCUUUAAUGGAGCUUUGGCCUCUUUGGGUAAUGAUCCCUCCACCCCUGAGAAGUUGCCCUUGUGGCCACCUCUUACACUGGAUGAUACAGUUAAUCUAGUUAGAGGUCUAAAGAAAAGGAAAGCGCCUGGUUCUGAUCUCAUUUUCCCUGUAGACAGUAUUAGGUAACCUUGAUUGGUGGGCUCAUGUCCUAGCCAGUUUGUUUACCUCGAUUAAUAACAGGUGUUAUUCCCUCUUCCUGGAGUGAGGCCAUUGUGGUCCCUAUUUAUAAACAUGGCUCCCCCUCCAUCCCUUCCAACUAUAGACCCAUUAGCUUGUUAUCGGUGAUAGGCAAACUUUACGCCCGUUAUCUUUUGGAUAAGUUGGAGGGCUGGACGCUGGAGUACCAUAUUCUAGGCCCCGAGCAGGCGGGAUUCAGGGCUGGCCACUCGACGCUAGAUCACAGUAUGGUAUUAUACCAUCUGGCAUGCAAGUACACAGGGUAAACUCUUUGUCACAUUCAUGGAUUUGUGAGCUGCUUUUGAUUCCAUACCAAGAGAGGUACUAUGGGCUAAACUUCUUUUGUUGUUUGUAGUGAAAUAUCUAUUGAUAAAAGGCUCUUAUUCCUAAUCAGACGACUUUAUGCCAAUUCCACAAUCAAAGUUAGAUAUGAUCCUUCAGGGGCCCUAACUGAGCAUAUUCCUACCACCCGAGGAGUCAGGCAAGCUUGUCUGCUGGCACCUGCAUUGUUUAAUUUAUUUAUUAAUGACCUGGUCCAGGUUUUGGGAAGGGCGGAUGCCCAUUCUCCUAAACUGGCAGAUGUAAGAGCACUGGCGUUGUUAUAUGCUGAUGACAUGGCGUUUUUAUCUCAGUCUCGGCUUGGCUUAAUGAGACUCUUGGAGGCGUUUGCCAAGUAUUGUAAUAUAAACAAACUUUCCAUUAACUUUGAUAAAUCAAAGGUUUUGGUAUCUCGAAUUCUAGGAAAGUUUAUAAAUGGAGGAUCAACCAGACCAGUAUAGAACAAGUCACCAAGUUCAAAUACCUUCGGAUCUAUUUCCAAUCCAACUUGAACUGGAAAUUGCAGCAGUUACACUUUCUCUCCCUGGCACGUAACACACUAUAUGCCUUUUUGCGCUUUUUUAAUGGAAAAGGCGGCCAAUUUAUACCUAUGGCUUUGCGAGUGUUUCGAGCCAAGAUUGUGGCUCAAAUGCUCUUCAGAGUCGCUAUCUGGAUCCAAGGGGUACAUCCAGAUAUCGAAUUGAUCCAGUCUAGAUUCCUUAGAGCCAUUUUCAGAGUUCCCAAAUGUGUAUCUUCUGCUGCUUUAUGUUUGGAGACCGGCUCUUAUCCGAUCUCCUGUUUAGCUUGGGAGGCCUCAUUCACACGCUGGCUCAAACUCUGUUUGGGACCCUGAGGGACCUUCAUAUGUUCAACAUAUGUGGACAGACACCUUCCCUAAUCCAUGGUUGUCUGUUGUCACCAACAAAUUGUUGGGCAUGGGGCUUUCCCCCUCUCACAUUUUCUCCUUGGGUUUUGUAAAGGCGAAGGCUAUUGCCAUUCAGCACCUAAAGGAUAUUGAGUACCAACACCUACUUGACCUUGGAAACAAAUAUGGUUCCCCUUUGUACCUUGGCAUUUCCCCUCCAGCUGGAAAACAGGCUGCUAGUUAUCUAACCAUUCUUCAUUUUGUUAAAUUUAGGCCAGCCUUUGCUAGGGCUAGGCUGAAUGUAUUACCUUCAGCCUUGCUUCAAAAGAGGUCCUCUAAAGAACCCCCUGUUUCCGGGUUGUGUCUAUGUGGGGAGGGUAGUUUGGAAACAGUCACUCAUAUUCCUUUAUACUGUUCCCUUUAUCGUGAUUCUAGGAAUGAAUUACUGCAUCUAUGACUAGAGCAAUUCCUUGGUAGGUCUGAUCCUUUUUAUCUUAAUUGUUGUUUAGCUGAUACCAAUGAUGAAGUCACCAAAGUGUUAGCCAAAUUUAUUUAUGGGGCGAUGAGACAGACAUCCCGCCACAGACUUUUAUAAGUUUGAUCUUAUGGUAGUUUUAGUCUUACCUGUAUGUAUUGUUAUAUUUAUUCUGCUUAUUGUAAUUCUGAAUGGCUGUGUUAUUGUCACUUUUGUUUUUGUUUGGCCUAUGGCUGCAAUAAAAGAACUACUACUACUACUA